CUCUCCCCUUCAGAAACUACUCAGAGGAAAAUGGCAACAGGAAAUCAUUCCACAGUGACCAAGUUCAUUCUCGCUGGGCUAACAGAGAAACCAGAACUCCAGCUGCCCCUUUUCUUCCUCUUCCUAGGAACCUAUGUGGUCACUGUGGUGGGGAACCUGGGCAUGAUCACGCUGAUAGGGCUCAGCGCUCACUUGCACACCCUGUACUACCUCCUCAGUAGCUUGUCCUUCAUUGAUCUCUGCCAUUCCACUGUCAUUACCCCCAAAAUGUUGGUGAACUUUGUGAUAGAGAUGAAUGUCAUCUCCUACCCUGAAUGCAUGACUCAGCUCUAUUUCUUCCUUGUUUUUGCUAUUGCAGAGUGUUACAUGUUAGCAGCAAUGGCAUAUGACCGCUAUGUUGCCAUCUGUAGCCCCUUGUUUUAUAAUAUCAUCAUGUCCCAUCAGGCUUGUUUCUCCCUGAUUUGGGGAGUAUAUGUUAUAGCCCUGGUUUGUGCAUCUGUUCAUACAGGCUGCAUGUUUAGGGUUCAUUUCUGCAAAUUUGAUGUGAUCAACCAUUAUUUCCAUGAUCUUCUUUCCCUUUUAAAACUCUCCUGUUCUAAUACCCAUGUCAAUGAAUUACUGAUUCUAGUCUUCAGUGCAAUUAAUAUCCUUGCCCGCAGCCUGACGAUCCUUGGCUCCUACGCCUUCAUCCUGUCCAGCAUCCUCCGCAUCCGCUCCACUGAAGGCAGGUCCAAAGCCUUCAGCACCUGCAGCUCUCACAUCACAGCUGUGGCUGUCUUCUAUGGAUCUGCUGCCUUCACGUACCUGCAGCCAUCAUCUGUGAGCUCCAUGGACCAAGGGAAAGUGUCCUCUGUGUUUUAUACCAUCAUUGUGCCCAUGCUGAACCCCCUGAUCUAUAGCUUGCGGAAUAAGGAUGUCAAUGUUGCCCUGAAGAAAGUGUUAGAGAAAAGAAUAUUCUUGUGA